AGUUUUUCCAUAUGACCAACCUCAAUUGUGAGAUUAAGUAUUUCUAAUUUUCACCUUGAUAAUUGAAAGGUUGACCGGUCAAUAGGGGACGCAUAAUGGUAACAACAUACACCAUAUAUUUGCUAAAUAUUAUAUGAGAAUUUUGAUGGAAGAAGCAAAGAUGGUACUGACGGGUAAGUAAACACGUACACCAUAUGAAAACCACCCUCCCCAUCCCAUUUUAGCCAGCAAAUUUCCACACAAAUUUCAUUUUUUAUUUUUUCAACCACCCUCAACCACCACAAACCACCGUGGAUAAUGAGCACGGUGACGUUAUCACCAGCAUCCACCACCGCACCAGGAAACCCCUCGGUUUUCUACCGGAACAAAUCAACAACCACCGCCGGUUCUAAAUGUCGGACCAGAUUCAGAUCAAAACCUAUAUUUGCUGCUCUGGUUGAGGAAGCUAGACCUAGGUCUUUACCUCCGGCUAGAGGUAAUAAUAACAAUAUUAAUGGUGCCGUACCGGAAUUGAACUCCGGUGUGUCUUCUAUAGUUCCGGCAUCUAGAAACAGAGCAGAUGAUAUUCAAGCUGAAUCGAAGGCCUUGGCGCGUGCAGUCAACGCUUCUGUUUACAGUCCUGAACUUAUUAAGCUCAAAUACGCUUCUCGUCCGUUUAAGGUGUUACGGAGGACUCUGCAGAUCCUAAUGGGAUUAGGUUCAUUUGGAGUGAAACUAUGGGUUGACCAAUUGCAAGGUCAACUGGAACAGAACAGAAGAGCUAGAGCCGUUGAGUUAAGGGAGACUUUUACAAGGUUAGGUCCUACUUUUGUUAAGAUCGGUCAGGGGCUUUCAACUCGACCUGAUCUUUGCCCACCCGAGUUUCUUGAGGAGCUUUCUGAACUUCAGGAUGCUUUACCAACGUUUCCAGACGCAGAAGCAUUUGCAUGUAUUGAAAAAGAGCUAGGGCUUUCACUCGAUUCAAUUUACUCAUCAAUAUCAUCAUCUCCAAUUGCUGCAGCCAGUUUGGGUCAAGUUUACAAAGCCCAACUUAAGUAUUCGGGCCAAUUUGUUGCUGUGAAGGUGCAGAGGCCCGGUAUUGAAGAAGCAAUCGGGCUAGACUUUUACCUCAUAAGGGGUCUAGGUUUCCUUAUAAACAAAUAUGUUGACUUUAUUAGCAGUGAUGUUGUUGCCUUAAUCGACGAAUUUGCAAGAAGAGUUUAUCAAGAGCUCAAUUAUGUCCAGGAGGGACAAAAUGCAAGAAGAUUUAAAAAAUUAUACGCCGAUAAAGAAGAAGUACUCGUUCCCGACAUUUAUUGGGAUUACACAAGUGGAAAAGUUCUAACAAUGGAUUGGGUUGACGGGGUCAAACUAAACGAGCAAGCGAUAAUUGAAGGUCAAGGGUUAAAAGUCUUGGAUUUGGUCAACACAGGGAUCCAGUGCAGCCUUAGACAGUUACUUGAAUACGGUUAUUUCCAUGCGGACCCACACCCGGGAAAUCUUUUAGCCACACCGGAAGGAAAACUCGCGUUUCUCGAUUUUGGAAUGAUGAGUGAAACACCGGAAGAAGCAAGAUUUGCGAUAAUUGGUCAUGUGGUUCACAUGGUCAAUCGGGAUUACGAAGCAAUGGCUCGUGAUUAUUAUGCCUUAGAUUUUUUGGCACCUGAAGUAGACGUGACCCCGAUUGUACCGGCACUUAGGAACUUUUUUGACGAUGCGUUAAAUUCGACUGUUAGUGAGCUUAAUUUUAAAACGAUUGUGGAUGGGCUUGGUGCGGUUCUUUAUCAGUAUCCGUUUAAUGUACCUGCUUAUUAUGCGUUAAUAUUAAGGUCACUUACGGUUCUAGAAGGUUUAGCUCUUUAUGCCGACCCGAAUUUUAAGGUGUUAGCUGCUUCGUACCCGUAUUUUGCUAAAAGAUUGCUCACGGAUCCAAACCCGUAUUUAAGAGAUGCCCUAAUUGAGUUACUAUUCAAGGAUGGAAAGUUCAGGUGGAAUAGGCUUGAAAACCUACUUGUGCAGGGGAAACAGGAUCGAGAUUUCUCCGCAAAAGAGGCUUUACAACCUGUUUUGAAACUGUUAUUGGAUCCAGAAGGUGAAGAACUGAGGUCGUUAGUUAUCAAAGAAGCUAUUCGAGUAACCGAAGCAAUCACAAUUGGAACCAUGAUUGACACAUACAAUUCCAUUCCGGGUCCGUUGAAGUCUUUUCUUCCCAAUGGGAAUGGAAUCGGUAUCCCCAUGACCGAUGCUGAGAUCGAGAGCAUGAUGGAGCUUAGAGCACAAGUUUUAAGAAUAUGGGGGCUUUUACGGUCCUCCGAUAAUAUUGAUCCUGCAAUCCUACAGCCUAUUCUACAGGUACUUCAAGAACCCGAGGCAAGAAAUCUUGGAGGGCGCGUAUUUGGUGGAAUUACACAGCGUUUGGCCGCACGUAUGCUGCAACAGGUUCUGCGGUCACCCGCAACGGCUCGUGCACCAUCUGUAUAGCAGCAGCACAUUUGAUCAUCAUCAUAUAACUACAUCUGGGAUUACAGUUUGAAUGUCCGAUAAUGAUAGCAUUCUUUCAAUGUGUAUAAUAUAAGUAACAGAAGAUGGUUGUAACGUCGGACAUUUGUGAAAGAUAAACCUCUCAUACAAGCAAAUGGAUAUUGUUCUCAUGAUCAUGAGUAUUGAACCAUUACAUCUGUUAAGAAUGAUAUUUACAUAGUUUACUUGAA